AUGCCUACAGCUGAUGCAGUUAUUAAUAUUGACAAAGCAUUUAUACUUCAACGCAUCGGUCAAUAUUCGUCGAAACUUGAAGGAGAAAUUGUUCGCUCAGUCAUACCUCUUAAUGGCCUAUGCCUUACGUCAUCUUCAACGGAUGUGUGUCAGUUCACUACAUUUAACACAAGAAUCAACACAUUCGAAUUUGCGACUGUAUUACCAUCGCGUGACACCGUCACUGCCUUACCUCGAUAUGAAAGUGAUCAACUAUCCUAUUUAAUUCAAGAAGAUGUUAAUCGAAUUUUUAAAAUUCCUCGUACCGACACAACAAUCUUAAAAAUGGACUCCAUUAUGCAUUACAUCAAUAAUCAAUUUCAUUGA